CCGGAAGUCCGUUUUAGCCAAACAUCCGGGUUUCUCCUUUUUGCGUUCCGGCUGAGCCCACCUCUCUUUUUCGCCCGUAGACAUCACCCUCAGGCCCACAUCUCUCCCACUCCUCCUCCGCGCGCGGGACUAGCGCGGGCUUCAGCGACGGGAGCCCUCGAGGGACAUGGCAACUCCGGCGGCCCCAGCCGGCGGCGCCCGAAGCGGGGCUGGCCCGGAAUGGGGAGGGUUCGAAGAAAACAUCCAGGGUGGGGGCUCAGCUGUGAUUGACAUGGAGAACAUGGAUGAUACCUCAGGCUCCAGCUUCGAGGAUAUGGGCGAGCUGCACCAGCGGCUGCGGGAGGAGGAAGUAGACGCCGAGGCGGCUGUUGCUGAAGAGGAGGAUGGGGAGUUCCUGGGCAUGAAGGGCUUUAAGGGACAGCUGAGCCGGCAGGUGGCGGACCAGAUGUGGCAGGCAGGGAAGAGACAGGCCUCCAGGGCCUUCAGCUUGUACGCCAACAUUGACAUCCUGAGGCCCUACUUUGACGUGGAGCCGGCCCAGGUGCGAAGCAGGCUCCUGGAGUCCAUGAUCCCGAUCAAGAUGGUCAACUUCCCCCAGAAAAUCGCAGGUGAACUCUAUGGACCUCUCAUGCUGGUCUUCACGCUGGUUGCCAUCCUCCUGCAUGGGAUGAAGACAUCUGACACCAUUAUCCGGGAGGGCACCCUGAUGGGCACAGCCAUCGGCACCUGCUUCGGCUACUGGCUGGGCGUCUCGUCCUUCAUUUACUUCCUCGCCUACCUGUGCAACGCCCAGAUCACCAUGCUCCAGAUGCUGGCCCUGCUGGGUCCUCAUGAGAGCUCAUCCAGCCUGAGUGAUUUUCCUCUCGGCCGUUCUGUGUCACAGGGCUAUGGCCUCUUCGGGCACUGCAUUGUCCUGUUCAUCACCUAUAACAUCCACCUCCAUGCCCUCUUCUUCCUCUUCUGGUUGCUGGUGGGUGGGCUGUCUACCCUCCGCAUGGUGGCAGUGCUGGUGUCACGGACCGUGGGCCCCACGCAGCGGCUGCUCCUCUGUGGCACCCUGGCUGCCCUGCACAUGGUCUUCCUGCUCUAUCUGCAUUUUGCCUACCACAAGGUGGUAGAGGGGAUCCUGGACACGCUGGAGGGCCCCAACAUCCCGCCCAUGCAGAGGGUCCCCAGAGACAUCCCUGCCGUGCUCCCUGCUGCUCGGCUUUCUGCCACCGUGCUCAACGCCACAGCCAAGGCUGUCGCGGUGACCCUGCAGUCACACUGACCCCACCUGAGACCCUUGGCCGGCCCCCAUUCCCCCAUCUGCAGAGCAGAGGAAGAUUAAAGAACAGUACUGAUGACAUGUGUGUCUUUGAUGGGGUCUGCAGCUGCCUCAGAGCUGUAGCCACUUAAGCCAACUCCUUGACGCCUGUGGGCCUUCUGAAGGGCGCGAGGCCACGAACCACUGGCCAGGACUGCAGGGCUCUGCAGCCAGUGCAGAAAGUGGCUCAGCUCCCCUGAGGCCCUCUCUCCACCUACUCCUUCCUCCCUCUUUAUCUCCCCGUCCUUGUCUUGCUAAAUAUAGACUUGGUAAUUAAAAUACUGAUUGAAGUUUGGAA